AUGGAGAUUGGAAAAAGUAGUCGAAAAUCUCUCCAUCUCCAUGAAGAAAUCAUCGAGGAAGAAAUACUGCCAAGACUGUCGGUGAAAUCACUCUUGAGAGUGAGGUGCGUUUCGAAAUCAUGGGGCUCUUUAAUUGGCAGCAAAAGAUUCAUUAAAAGACACCACCAAAAUUCGAAGAAGAACCCUUGUUUCCUCCAACAAAGUGUCAUUAUAGAUACGUAUUUGGGUGAAUGGCCUCACCGCACACUUAAAAUUGUGGGGUGCUGUAAUGGGCUGCUCUGCAUUCUCGAGGAAGAGGAAGAAAAGGAAGAGGAACGUAUUCGAAUUCAGUUGUGGAACCCAUCCACUAGAAUCUCCAAGAAACUUCCAGAAAUUUCUAAUCCCGGCUUUAUUCAGAAAUUUGGAUUUGGUUGGGUUGAAUCGAGUGAUGAGUACAAGGUGUUUGUGAGUGUGUUUGGUUUUCAUGAUUCCCAGGGGAUUGGUAAAGUUUAUAGUUCAAAGACAAAAUCAUGGAAAACAAUUGAGAUGUGCCCAUAUUUACAUUCAUCUUGGUCAAGGGGGGUGUUUGCAGGUGGGAAGCUUUACUGGAAGAGCGGACUUGUAAAACUUAUUAUUUGCUUGGACUUGAAGAGUGAGGUGUUUGGAAGGAUUGAGUUUCCCCUUGAUCAAGAGUACUAUGGUGGCACUGUGGGUGUGCUUGGUGGUUUCCUUUGUGUGCUAUGUGAUAAUUAUAAAAUAGGCUUUCGAGUUUGGGUUAUGAAGGAGUCUUGGGAGAGAGUGGCGACGUUUGCUCAUCUUGUUGAGCUUCUUCAACCAGCACCAUUGGUGGUGGGUCUAAAGGGAGAGAUUUUGGUAAAUUGUGGAUCCUUUGUGGUGGUUUACUAUUGUCGGGAUAAUGUGUUCCGUGACCCCAAGUUGUUUUGUGAAGCUUCCUGUGCCUGUCAGGAUAUUCGGUUCCGCAACUACGAGGAUUGUGCCCGUUCUAUUUCAUAUGAGGUCUAUGCUGAAAGUUUAGUCUCGCCAAAAGAUUUAUGA